GGCUUUUCCCGGUCACGAGAACACUCCAGUCACUUCCCACUGCUUUACCAUGGGCGGCCUAGAACAAGACCUCAAGACGGACCCUCCGUGCCAUCCCCGGGCCUGCGCCAUCCAGGAUUGCUUGACAAAGUCGGGCUACAAGGAGGAAAAGUGCCAGAAGCAGAUUGACGCGCUGUACGAGUGCUGCAACGCCUUCUACGAGAAAAAGGGCGACGACGCCGGCUGCGUGAGCUGUCCAAAGCCGAAUCUCCUGAGGCUCAAGAUGAAGCAACGCAGCCAAGGCCAAUGAGAAGGACGACGUAGAUAGCCACCAUAAAAACAAUCACGUAGAGCUGAAGAAAUGUCCCGUCCGCUGAGGGUAUCCGCUGUCAUUCCUCCGGAGAGGUAAAGCAAUUAAAGCAGGGGACGGGGUCGCUCUCAGGCGAUCGUGAGCACGCUAGAGGCCUACAAGGACCUGUUCAAACACUGAAAACGUCUGAACCGAGACUCUAAUGAUC